CUAAAAUUUUCGAAACGAAUAAAUAGAAAAAAUAUGAGAAAAGGACUAAAGCAGGAGAAAUAAAAUCAAUCUAGAUCUAACGUGAAGAGGUUUGAACCCAUACUAAACCAAAGCGAGCAAUCCAAUGAAGAAGCUUAUCCUGUAAUUGAACUCUUUCAAACCAAAGCUUUACCAGAAAACUUGAACGUCAUCUAAGCUUAAGAACAUGCACACAAAAUACUGACGGAGAACCCAACAUAUGCAAAAACCUUUGACCAUCUUAAAAAAAAUUCAUCCUUGACAGAGUUUAUAACACUAAAUUUGAAACGUUGAUGUAGUAAUCGCAUAUAAAUGCUUGCGGUGUUUCCAUACUCUAAACAGAACAUCCCAAGCUUUGCCCAAAAAUUAAAAGGUGGUUCUUAGUUGAAAUGGGUAAUAAAAUAAAAAAAUCAACUGAUAGUUUAGACUCAAGAAUAAUUGGUGCUAUAUUCCCCUGUCUCAUUAUAAACUAAAUAACAUGCUUACCUGAUCACAAUUCCUAAGAACACAAAUAAUUAGAUCAGCAAUGUUUUAAAAUCCAUUAAAUUAUCAUCAAGUCAAAGAUCAUAAGAAAUCGUUGAGGGAAUAUUUAGACUCUUUCAAAAUAUAACAUAAAACAUUCCCUCAAUAUAAUAUAUAUAUAUAUAUGUAUGUAUGUAUAUGUAUAUAACAUAAACAUCAAUCAACCUCAAGCAACAACACUCUCGGUUAGAUGGUUAUAAAAUUAAAUUUACCUUCACCCAUCAACAUAAGCUUUUGGGUCAAUUGGUGAUUUAUCAUGGAAUUAAAGUAGGUAGUCCAAAAGGUCCUAUGUUCAAACCUCUGCAAUGUAAUUUCCUUUCCAAUGAAUAUUGAUUUCCACUUGUUGAGUCUUUUACAUAUUUCAAGCCCACAAGCGAGAGAGAGAGUAUUAGAUAGUAUAAUAUUAAAAUUUAUCUUCACCAAUCAGCUUAAACUUUUGAGUCAAUCAGAGAUUUAAUAUUCUCAACGUCGAAUAGUCAACUUCCCAAGAGAAUGAAAACAAUUAGGAUUUUCUUUUUUUUAUUGAAAUCUUUAUUGGAAGAUAUAUCUGAUGCAGACAGUUAAGUUGGCUACUUGAACAAUGUAUUAAAAAAAGGUAGAUAAAUAAAAUAAAACUAAGUCUUCGUCGUUGUUGUCAAGUAAAGGAAUACAACCUCUCCGUCCACUUCCUAAGCUUUCUUUCUUUUGCUCGCCUGUACUUAGAAGCAGAUAUUAAGCAACACACCAACCCUGUGUUUUGGUUCUCAUUUAUCGGUUCUGGUUAAAGCUUAACAUCGUCUUCUUUUCUCGCCUUCAUCUUUCAAAUCUCAUCCUAUUUCCAAUGGUAGAAAGAGAUUGAAGAGGAUGAUUAUGGAAAUAUUAAGGCCUCUCCUCUUUGGUUUAUUGGGUUGUCUAGCUGCAGUUCAAAUUCUUGUUCUAGCUCAAGAUCAAACAGGCUUCAUAAGUCUAGACUGUGGAUUACCAGAAAAUUCUAGCUAUGAAGAAUUGACCACAGGCAUCAACUAUAUUUCAGAUGCAGCUUAUAUAAGUACUGGUGAAAGUCAAGAUUUAACCUCCAAAUACAAAAAUAUAUAUGAACGACAGUUUUGGAAUCUAAGAUACUUUUCAACUGGGACUAGAAACUGCUACAAUGUAAGCAUUAAUAGAGGUACCAAAUAUCUGAUUCGAGCAAGUUUCUUGUAUGGGAAUUAUGACGGCUUCAAUAGGCUUCCUAAAUUCAAUCUCUACGUUGGACAAAGUUUGUGGGGGUCGGUGGAGUUUACCGAGGUAGACCUUUAUCUUUGGAAAGAUAUCAUACACAUCCCUUUAACAGAUAAUAUAUAUAUUUGUCUCAUCAACAUAAACCAAGGAACACCAUUCAUCUCUGCACUGGAGUUCAGGCCCUUGCCCAACACUACUUAUACAACAACAGGCGGAUCAUUAUCACUUUAUUCUCGGGCUAAUUUUGGUACAGAUCAAACAUACAGGUUUGGAUAUGAUGUUUUUGAUCGCAUAUGGUUACCUUUUACCUACAAAAAAUGGACAAACGUAAGUACAUCAAACACUGUAGAUCCCACAAACCAUGCUAUAUAUGAAGUACCAUCUAUUGUGAUGAGUACUGCAGCAACUCCAACAAAUUCUAGCAGUCCCUUGGAGUUCAAGUGGAAUCCAGAUGAAGUAACUUCCCAAUACUACGCUUACAUGUCCUUUGCUGAAAUUGUAAAACUUCAAGCCAACCAGACCAGAGUCUUCAAUGUCAAUCUAAAUGGGCAGCACUUGUUUGGACCUUUAUCUCCUAUAUACUUGUCCACCAAAACUUUUUAUUCUGAAACAGCUCUGUACGAUGCUAAUGGCCAAUAUGAAAUCUCGUUAGUAUCAACUGAGAAUUCGACUCUUCCACCUCUCAUCAAUGCAUUUGAAGUUUAUAAAGUGAUCAAUAUCUCAGAUUUACGAACGGACACAGCGGAUGUAAAUGUCAUUAUGAGCAUUAAGCUGACAUAUGGAGUAAACAAAGACUGGCAAGCAGACCCAUGUCUUCCCAAAGCAUAUCCGUGGAGUGGCUUAAUUUGUAACAAUGACACUGCUCCUAGAAUCAUAUCGUUGGACUUGUCAUCAAGUGACCUGACCGGCGAAAUAUCUCCUUAUAUAUUCAAUUUAUCCAUGUUACAAACUUUGGACUUGUCAAAUAAUAGCUUAUCAGGAAAAGUACCUGAUUUCUUGGCCAAUAUGCCAAGCCUCAAAGUCAUAAAAUUAGACAAAAACAACCUCACGGGUCCACUUCCACCUGAACUCUUAAAAAGAGUGAACAACAAUUCACUAACAUUAAGUGUGGAAGAUAAUCCAAAUCUCGAUGGUGCAUGUGCCUCAGAUUCAUGCGCAGAAAAGAAGAAGAAAAGCUUCAUUGUACCAGUUGUAGCAUCAGUUGGUGGAUUGCUUGUCGUCCUCACAGUGGCAGCAAUCAUCUUUUGGAUCGUGAAAUUACGGAACAAGUCACAAGAUCAUUCUACAGUCCCAGUCCCAAGGGUGAAAGAUACCAAAUCCAACAAUGACUCCCUCGAGGUAAGAAGGCGACAAUUUACAUAUUCUGAGAUAGUGAGGAUGACAGAAAAUUUUGCGAGGCCAGUGGGAGAAGGAGGCUCGGGAAGAGUUUACCUUGGUCACAUAGAAAAUGUUCAAGUUGCUGUAAAGAUGCUAUCUCCACUAUCAGCCCAUAGUUAUCAGCAAUUUCAAACAGAGGUGAAACUUCUCAUGAGAGUUUACCAUGGAAACUUGACAAGCCUUGUUGGGUACUUGAACGAAAAAGACCACUUUGGACUUAUUUAUGAGUAUAUGACCAAGGGUAACUUGGCACAGGUUCUUUCAGAGAGUCCAGUUCUCUUAACCUGGGAAGAUAGACUUCGGAUAGCCAUAGAUGCAGCACAAGGUGAGAAAACUCAACAAAAUUAUAGAGUUUACUCGGUCCUUUCAACAAAUACAUUAUUAUUAACAUUCCUUUUGCACCAUAAAAACGAAAUACUCAGUCAAAUCUUGAAAAAUACAGGACUGGAGUACCUGCAUCAUGGUUGUAAGCCCCCCAUAGUCCACAGAGAUGUCAAAACAACAAACAUAUUGCUAACAGACAAUUUCCAAGCCAAACUUGCUGAUUUCGGACUCUCCAAGAGUUUCCCAAAUGAUGGUAGCAAGACUCACAUGUCCACAACGGUGGCUGGCACUCCUGGUUACUUUGAUCCAGAAUACUACACCUCGAACAGACUGACUGAGAAAAGUGAUGUUUAUAGCUUCGGAGUAGUAUUGUUGGAGAUAAUUACUUGCAGACCAGUGAUUUCCAGAGCUCAGAAAAACGUUCACAUAAUUCAAUGGGCGACCACCAUGAUUGCGCAAGGGGACAUCAGGAACGUGAUCGACCCAAGAUUAAAAGGGGAAUUCGACUCCAAUUCUGCUUGGAAAUCGGUGGAAAUAGCGAUGGCUUGCGUGUCUUCAAAUUCAAGCAGUAGACCGACAAUGAAUCAGGUAGUAACAGAACUGAAGAAUUGCCUGGCCAUGGAAAUGAGUCGGAAGACAGAGAAUCCCUCUCUUAAUUCAAGGGAUUCCAUUGAGACGUUCUCAAUUUCCAUUAAUUUACCAACAUACAGUCCUGAGGCAAGAUGAAAAGCACCAUCACCGUAAAAUAACGAUCUCCAUCCCAUGCUAAUGUGAAGUAUUUCAACGAACUGGCUUUACUGUUCCUCGCUCUUUCUGUUCUUCGUUCUUUCUGGCUUCAGCAUUCAAUUUCCCUAUGACGUAAUUGAAUUGGUUGAAUCGAAACGAUACUUCUUCUGAGAUUUAUAUAAUAUCACUGAACUCGAAUUUGAAUUAGAUUCAUGGAUUUUGCAAUUUCAGAGAUAAACAUAAAUCGUUCUUGUUCAAUGUGUGUAAAUAACUGUGCCCUAAUUGAUUUCGU